CGGGCCGGCUCAAGGGUCUUUCUCAGUGUGUUUGCAGAACUGCGGAUGUACCUAGGCGUUGUAGCUUGAGGGUUCUUGGUUUGUCGGGGUAUUCAGUAUCCUCAGCUGCAAGGCGGGAGGAGGACUCCAGCUUCACCGCCUCCUCGCUGUACCAGAAAACUGGCACGCGUCCCGCGAAGCACUGGUCCUGAGUGGGUGGGUGGAUAUCGGAGAACUCCGCAGCAGUCUUGGCGGAAAGCGGUGUAGUGCGGAACUCCUUUGAUCGAAGGAAAGCCAGGGCGAAGGCUUUGAGCGUGAUCCAAAGACCAGAGUGCAAAGCCAGAUAUAGGCAGCUGAUAACGAUGAGUGAAUGGAUGAAGAAAAGCCCCUUAGAAUGGGAAGAAUAUGUUUACAAGGAAGUCAGAGUGAUAGCCAGUGAGAAGGAGUAUAAAGGAUGGCUUUUAACUACAGACCCAGUCUCUGCCAAUGUUGUCCUUGUGAACUUCCUUGAAGAUGACAGCUUGUGUGUGACGGGAAUUAUGGGACAUUCUGUGCAGACCGUGGAAACUGUGACUGAAGGGGACCACAGAGUGAGAGAGAAGCUGAUGCAUUUGUUCACAUCUGGAGAUUGCAAAGGAUACAGCCCUGAGGAUCUGGAAAAGAGAAAGAAUAGCCUAAAGGAGUGGCUUGAGAAGAAUCACAUCCCCAUCACUGAACAGGGAGAUACACAAAGGACUCUUUGUGUGGCCGGAGUUCUGACCAUAGAUCCACCAUAUGGUCCAGAAAACUGUAGCAGCUCUAAUGAGAUUAUUCUGUCCCGUAUUCAGGAUCUUAUUCAAGGACAUCUUUCAGCUUCCCAGCAAGAGGCCAAGAACUGUGAACACACUGAUUGAAAAUUACUUCAUUGUUUUGUAUAAAAUGCUUUGAAU